AUGUCCGUUGAGCUCUUCCUCUGUGCGAUUCUCUUCAUUGCCAUCUUCGCUUUUGGGCUCUUCCCAGGAGGGCUAGCUUGGGCACUCUCGAAAGCGCAACCCCGGUCUAAGACGGCCAUUCCAGGACCUUCUGGGUUGCCGGUUCUGGGCCUAGUCUUCGUUUUUACUGGUUCUCUGACACACAGAGCUCUCGCUAAGCUCUCUAGGAGCUUCAAGGCCGUACAGUUAAUGGCGUUCUCUAUUGGGUUCACGCGUUUCAUCAUCUCUAGCCACCCAGAGACCGCGAAGGACAUUUUGAAUAGCUCUGCGUUUGCUGAUAGGCCUGUGAAAGAGUCUGCUUAUGAGCUUCUGUUCCACAGAGCAAUGGGUUUUGCUCCAUAUGGAGAGUACUGGAGGAACUUGAGAAGAAUCGCAGCGACUCAUUUGUUCAGUCCCAGAAGAAUUUAUUAUUUCGGAGAGUUUCGGAGAAUGAUUGGGAUCAAAAUGGUUGAAGAAAUCAAGGGUUUGAUGGAGAAAAAUGAUGAGGUUGAGAUUAAAAAGGUAUUACACUUCGGGUCUUUGAACAAUGUGAUGAUGAGUGUGUUUGGUAAAAGAUAUGACUUCGGGGAAAAUGGAGAUGGGUUCGAGUUAGAGGGUUUGGUGAGUGAGGGAUACGAGUUACUGGGGAUAUUCAACUGGAGUGACCAUUUUCCUGUUUUGGGGUGGUUGGAUUUGCAAGGAGUGAGAAAGAGGUGCAGAGAGUUGGUGGCUAAGGUGAAUGUUUUUGUUGGGAAGAUCAUAGAGGAGCACAGGUCGAAGAGAGCUGAGAAUGAAGGACUUGUUGAUGAGAGCUCUGGUGAUUUUGUUGAUGUCUUGCUUGAUUUGGAGAAGGAGAACAAGCUUAGUGACUCUGACAUGAUUGCUGUUCUUUGGGUAAUUUUCUAUUUCACUUUUCUCUGCCAAAUCUUAUUCUCGUACCGAAGUAUAAUUUUCUGGGAUAAUUUUGAGAUAAUUUGUUAAUUUCCUAGCCUGAUAUUUGUGCUUUGUUGCAUAUACUAGGUUAUUCCUAAUGAGUUUACGUUGUUUCUCAGUUGUUUUGGUGAAUUUUGGUAAGUUAUGCUGGUUAUUGCUAUGCUGUUUAUGCAUGUAUUUUGGUCGAUGUUGGUUCCCUAUGGUUUUACUGGAUUCUUCAUCAUAGGUUUGCUUCUGUUUUUUUCAUGGAGUAUAGAUGCUGGAAUGUAGAUCUGGGCAUUUUCUUUUUCUGUUAUCCAAAAGAUAUGGGGAAUCUGAAUAUCUUCCAUCUUUAUUCUUUGCCUGAUGAUGAUGACACUGAUAUUUUCUCAUGCUUUCUUGUUCUAUUUACUGUUAUUUUCUUGUUCUAGCAUGACAUGAUGUGCAUACCAAAAAAAUUUACUAUAAAUUUUAGCAAAUCAUUGAAUCAAGGAGUCCUGUCAAAAAAGGGAACCCCCACUAAUCUCAUGGGAUUCUUCAUUGAUUCAACCAU